GCGCAGCAUGGCGGCGGCGGCGGCGGCGGCGGCGGGCUGCUGUGAGUCCCAGGCCGGGGCCCCCGCCGUCGCCCCUACAGCGGCUGCGGAGGAGUCCUCGGACAGCGAGCCCGAGCAAGAGCCCGGUUCCCCUCAGAAGCUCAUCCGCAAGGUCUCCACCUCCGGCCAGAUCCGGCAGAAGACAAUUAUAAAAGAGGGCAUGCUGAUGAAACAGACCAGCUCAUUCCAGCGCUGGAAGAGGCGAUACUUCAAAUUGCGAGGUCGAACUCUUUACUAUGCGAAAACUGCAAAGUCAAUCAUUUUUGAUGAGGUGGAUCUAACAGAUGCCAGUGUAGCAGAAUCCAGCACUAAAAAUGUCAACAACAGCUUCACGGUUAUUACUCCAUGUAGGAAGCUCAUCUUGUGUGCUGAUAACAGAAAAGAAAUGGAAGACUGGAUUGCAGCACUGAAGACUGUACAAAAUCGUGAACAUUUUGAGUCAACUCAGUACAGUAUGGACCAUUUCUCAGGGAUGCAUAACUGGUACGCUUGUUCACACGCUCGACCAACGUACUGCAAUGUGUGUCGGGAGGCAUUAUCUGGGGUCACAUCUCAUGGACUUUCCUGUGAAGUGUGUAAAUUUAAAGCCCACAAGAGAUGUGCUGUCCGGGCAACUAAUAACUGCAAAUGGACAACACUAGCUUCUAUUGGAAAGGAUAUCAUUGAAGAUGAAGAUGGGAUUUCUAUGCCACACCAGUGGCUUGAAGGAAACCUACCAGUGAGUGCAAAAUGCACAGUGUGUGAUAAAACCUGUGGCAGUGUCCUGCGCUUGCAAGACUGGCGCUGUCUCUGGUGCAAAGCUAUGGUACAUACCUCAUGUAGAGACUUGUUACCAACCAAAUGCCCUCUAGGCCUUUGCAAGGUAUCUGUCAUCCCUCCUACAGCUCUCAACAGCAUUGAUUCAGAUGGUUUCUGGAAAGCCACAUGUCCCCCUUCAUGUACAAGCCCUUUGCUGGUCUUUGUCAACUCAAAAAGUGGAGACAACCAGGGUGUAAAAUUCCUACGAAGGUUCAAACAGCUGCUGAAUCCUGCACAGGUGUUUGAUCUCAUGAAUGGUGGUCCUCACCUUGGUUUACGUUUAUUCCAGAAAUUCGACACCUUCCGAAUUCUGGUUUGUGGUGGGGAUGGAAGCGUUGGAUGGGUACUCUCUGAAAUUGACAGCCUCAGUCUACAUAAACAGUGCCAGUUGGGAGUAUUGCCUCUGGGCACAGGCAAUGACCUUGCCCGGGUGCUAGGCUGGGGAUCUGCUUGUGAUGAUGACACCCAGCUCCCACAGAUAUUGGAAAAGCUGGAAAGAGCCAGUACCAAAAUGCUUGACAGGUGGAGCAUUAUGGUAUACGAAACAAAACUUCCUCGCCAAGCAUCUGCUUCUACAGUCACUGAAGAUUUCACUGAAGAUUCUGAGGUGCAGCAGAUUCUCUUCUAUGAAGACUCUGUGGCUGCUCAUUUAUCCAAAAUCUUGACAUCUGACCAACAUUCGGUGGUCAUCUCUUCAGCCAAGGUGCUCUGUGAGACUGUGAAGGAUUUUGUGGCUCGAGUAGGGAAAGCCUAUGAGAGAGCGCCAGAAAGUUCUGAGGAAUCAGAAGUCAUGGCAACAAAGUGCUCUGUUUUGAAAGAGAAACUGGACUCUCUUUUGAAGACACUGAAUGAGGAAUCUCAAGCUUCAUCAUCUUUGCCAAAUCCACCUCCUACCAUUGCAGAAGAAACAGAAGACGGUGAUGGUUCUGGCAGUGCAUGUGAUUCUUCGAGUGAGCGUUCUGUAGGGUCUUCAUGCACUACGCGUCCUCAGAUAUUUCGACCACGUGAACAAUUAAUGUUGAGAGCCAACAGUUUAAAAAAAGCCAUUCGUCAAAUUAUAGAGCAUGCAGAAAAAGCUGUAGAUGAGCAGAAUGCUCAAACUCAAGAGCAGGAGAGCUUUCUCCUAGGUCUCUCCAACACUGAAGAGGGGAAGGAUCUAAGGAACGAAAAUAAAAUUUCCUUACAGUCUUCACAUGCUGGCAAUUAUGGAUUUCCAAAAGGGAGAAGCCAUCGGAAAGUGAUCAAGUCUCCUUGUGAAAGAUUAAUAAAUAAAGGAAGUUUGUCAGUGGGAAGCUCUGCCUCUCUUCCUCCCCAGACAGGAAACCGGGACAAUCUACCAAUGCUAAAUGCAAAGAUCAUCUAUCCCAAUAUCCGUGCUGGGCCAACUGGUUCUUUACCUGGAGGUUCUGUUAUCAGCCGCUUGUUGAUCAAUGCAGACCCAUUUAACUCUGAACCAGAAAAUCUUGAUUAUUAUGUAGAAAAAUGUGUGAUGAAUAACUAUUUUGGAAUUGGAUUGGAUGCAAAGAUCUCUUUAGACUUCAACAACAAGCGUGAUGAGCACCCAGAAAAGUGCAGAAGUCGUACAAAAAACAUGAUGUGGUAUGGAGUUCUUGGAACAAAAGAGCUGCUACACAGAACUUACAAAAACUUAGAACAGAAAGUUUUGCUAGAGUGUGAUGGGCGUCCAAUCCCUUUACCCAGUCUUCAGGGAAUUGCUGUUCUCAACAUCCCUAGCUAUGCUGGAGGCACCAACUUUUGGGGAGGCACUAAAGAAGAUGAUACAUUUACAGCUCCUUCCUUUGAUGACAAGAUUCUGGAAGUAGUAGCUGUAUUUGGCAGCAUGCAAAUGGCUGUCUCACGAGUGAUUAACCUACAGCACCACCGGAUUGCCCAGUGUCGGACAGUGAAGAUUGCAAUCCUGGGAGAUGAGGGAGUUCCUGUGCAAGUUGAUGGAGAAGCUUGGAUCCAACCCCCAGGAUAUAUUUGGAUUGUUCAUAAAAAUAGGGCACAGACACUAACCAGAGACAGGGCAUUUGAAAACACACUAAAGUCUUGGGAAGAUAAACAAAAGUGUGAACUAGCAAGGCCUCCUUCUUUCUCAUUGCAUCCAGAGAUUAUAUCUGAAGAAGAGUCCAUUCAUAUUAAUCACUUUUGUCGAGCAGCAGGAGCUUUGAUUCACAGCAUACGAGAAAUAGCCCAGUCAUACCAAGACUUGGAACAAGAACUUGCUCAUGCAGUCAAUGCCAGCUCUAAAUCGAUGGACAAAGUAUAUGCUAAAUCCAAAUCUACAGAGGGCCUGAAUUGCAAUCUUGUUGUAGAAAUGGUAAAUAAUGUGAAAGCCCUGCACAAUGAGACCGAACUGCUCUUGACUGGGAAAAUGGCUCUGCAGUUGGAUCCUCCACAGAAGGAACAACUCCUGGCAGCCUUGACUGAAACGGACUUGCAUAUGAGGAAGCUAGCAGAUAUUCCUUGGCUCUGGCAACUCAUGGAACCCAGUGAUGAAGAGAACCAAAUGCUGGAAUAUUCUAAACGUAGCCGAAGUGGCAAAUUUCGCCUGGUCACAAAGUUUAAAAAGGAUAAAAACAACAAGAAUAAGGAGACACGUAGCAGCUUGGGAUUGCCGGUUCACCUCUGGGGAACGGAGGAGGUUGCGGCCUGGCUUGAGCAUCUCAGUCUUUGUGAGUAUAAGGAUAUCUUCAUCCGGCAUGACGUCCGGGGCUCUGAGCUCCUGCAUCUCGAACGGAGAGACCUCAAGGACCUAGGAGUGACCAAAGUGGGCCACAUGAAGAGAAUAUUACAUGGGAUCAAGGAACUGAGCAGGAAUAUUCCUGUCAACGAGGCCUAACAUCUGUUUUCAGAGCUUGCAUUUACCAUUCCCCCUGAUACCUGCACUCUGACAAACCCACAGCAGAUUUGAUCAGAAUUAUCUCUAUGGAUCAGCCCAACACUGUCGGUGUUAUGAGCUCAUAUCCAGUUUUUCAUGGUGCUACCAUUCUGAUGUGGGAUACAGUGUUAUCCAAUCAAUUGGCACCUUGUGAUCAAAGCCAGUGUUAACUUUGUCUUAACCAACUGCCAACAACUUUUAACUCAGGCCUGAGCACACUUGCUAGAUGCUAAACACCUUUCUCCUAGCCUUAGAAGACCUAUCCUGUGGAAAACAAUUUUUUGUGGACUGUUAGUCACAGCUUCACAGUCUAACCUUCAUUAUGACUUCAGGAUCUCGACAGAUGUUAAGAACUGUGGACGCUUCUGUUCCUCCUGUGUGAUAAAAGUUAACUACUGACAUGGAAAAAAAAAAUGGGAUUCUAAAUGAACUACUUGGGACAGCCAAAAGAAGUAAAUUAACCAUAUAAUAUCAGACUAUUACUACAGAGACUUUGUUACAAAUUCCAAGUUAUUUAAAAUUAGAAAGUUUAUUUUUCAAUCAGUGCCCUUUCCUGAAGCCAAGGAAACAAAUUUCACAGUGAUAUAUAUGUGCAGAUUCUGUUUUUUUUCCCUUAGACUAAAACAAUUCCAUUAUCUUGAAUUCCUGCUAUGUACUCCUUGUAGAUGUCAAAGGAAUGAGGUUUCACAUUGUUCUGGCUUAAAACAUCAAAUGCCAAGAAAUACUGAAAAAUCCUAGAAGUGAACGUGAGGCAGCAAAAUGUGUUGGUUUCUUAAGACAAUGCUCUUCAGUGACACAAUUCUGACACUUUUGGAGACAGUAAGGGAACCUUCUGUGCAUAGUUUUUGGGCAGGAUGUGAUCUUUCUUUCCUUUUCAAACUUUUUUGCGCUUUACAAACCCAGACCACAUUGUGUCAGACAUACAUACUCUUUUCUCUGUUUUAGGAGAACCACUGGCAAACCUUUACUAACGUAGAAUUUCAGAGGUUCCUGUAACUGAUUACUUCAGAUUUUUAUUUAGUUUUGUUUCUGCCUGUCACUUAUUUAGCAGGAGAGGAUGGUAUGAUAUUAUUUAUGGUAAACUAGAGUCAACCCUUUUAAUAGAAUCCACAAAGGAAAUGUUAUACCAGAGCCCUGCAUUUUUCUGGCUCUGUUCCAUUAUUACUGUUGCAGAAAUACUUUGCCUUACUGGUAUAGACUACUUAUGCAUGCUUGGAGGAAUGUGAAUUGCGGGGCACAGAUAUUCACCAGAAAACUCUCUACUGAGUGCUUUCAUUUGCUGUGAUGUUAAUGAUAAUCUGUGCCACAUUUUGCAGUAUGUCACCAUCAAGUACAAACGUAAAGAUGAUUUCUGCCACUUUGUUACUGGUGAAAAGCUUACAGCAGCCUCUUCCAUUUCCUAGUGAACACCUCAGGGAGAUGAAUCACUUUGUUAGAGAAAGACACAACAGCAACAAAAGUUUCCCCUAUCCAUUUGACUGUGGAAGAACUUCAGUGCUUGUUUUUCUGUUUCUAGAAAUUUCAUGCGAAAUCAAGAAUGCUUUAAAUUUUAGCUUCAGAGCCAGAUUGGUCUUGCCCUAAGAAGAGCAGGUUUGUUAUAUUCUUGUGACAUAGCAUAAUAGGAUGCUUUUUCUUUUCUGCAGUCGGGUGAUAUCAUUUUUGAUAAAAAAAAAUAUUUACAAGGAGCUUUGCUUGAUAACUGUUCUCUCAAGGAUAUUUUUAAAAAUAUAUUUUGCACUCAUGCCACCCACAACAUACCCGAGUAUAUUGUUUUGUAAGAAUCACUUGACACUUUGGGUGUGAGAGUGAAGAAGUGUGCCAUCUUUUCUUUUGGCCUUGAAAUAAGAUUUCUCUGCCAAGUACUUUUGAAUUUGCACUCAUGUUUAGAGAGGAAGAUGGAGCAAAAAAUAUUGGUGAGGACCAUUCUUCAUGCAUUCAUUACCACCAGAAGCAAGGCACUUUCCCUGUGUAAAGAUAGGGAGCUCCCAGAUAUUAUAAGAAAUUCCAGUGUAUGUAUGUACCUCUGCUGUCUACCUAGGAACUGUUUAUUAGAAAAAAAUGUUUAUUUUGUUCACUAAAUAAAAGUCAACAAAAAGAAAGGAAAAAAUGUUUGUUACAAAUAUCAUGGCAAGCUAGACAUUUCACCAUUGUGAUUAUUGAGUUUAGGGUAUCAUUUUAAUUUUAUAAAAGAAGACACUUAAAGCAUAAGUUGAUUCUACUGCACAUUCAUCAACCCAUUUUACACUGUUUAUAAGUAAUUUGACUUAGAAAUAAGAUGCAUUCCAUUUUGAGGGAAAUGUCAUUUUUAAUGUUUUGUGCCUAUUUUUCUUGGCAUUUCACUGGAAUAUUAGCUGCUAGUAUUUUGUACUGGGUCCGUUAAAUUUCAGUGUAGGUAUGUUGAAUAGUGUUAAAGGAAUUUAUGAGAAAAGUGCCAAUCUUGGCCAUCUUGAAGAAGAAAGAAUUGUAUAUUAAUAACAUGGGAUAACAGCCAACUUUGUGCUAGCAAAUUUCUGUUCACAUGCCAGGACCUUUUCUGUCUUCUCCCCUUCCAACAGAUUCCUGUGCCCAUCUCCAAAUAAUGUUGGCAGCUGUGAGGGAAAUUUCCUUCACCUGUUUUCACUUGACAAAAGCCCUCCAAGUAGAAGGUGCUAUUUGGCUGUAACCCAUAGUUUAGUAUGUCUUGUACCUGAAGUUGCUUUUGAGGGUCCAAGAUAUCUAUCUUUAAUUCAUUGCAGCUAUUAGAUGCAUAUACGAAUGAGCAGUACAAUCCUAUGUAUGUUUCUGCCAUAAAUAAGUCCCAAACAAUUGGAUGGUCUGCCCUCAAGUACAUAUACACAGGAUUUCAGUCAGUUAUUUAAUGUUUAAUUCUAGUGGGUAUGUUCACCAUUUCAGUCUCUGGACACUUGAAAAGUACAAAUUCCGCUAGAAUUUGCAUCUCUGAUAGGAACCAUAAAGAGGCACUUGGUGCCAGUAUCUGCUGAAAAGCUCUGACCACCUAUAUCAUUUUAAAAUUAUUUUUAGUAUUAUUUAAUGGUGAAUAUAGUAUGAGUGGUAAAUUAAAGACUGUUUACACAAAACUAUGUAUCUUAACAGAUGUUUGUGAUGUUAAAAAAAAGGAAGAAAACCUUUUAUAAGUCGUUUGAUGUCUGUUGUUCACUGCGGACUGUUCUUAAGGGGUGUUGUAACCAUUGUGGUGAUCUGUCAAAAGCAUAGGGAAGCAUUUCAAUCCUGUACAGUCUUGGGAAGAAGGUUUUGUGCCUUAAGAGUAGAACAUGCUAUUUAUUAUUUUAAUUUAUACCGUGAUUGCCAUGGAAACACCUCUUGUAUGUACAUAUUUUGCAGCUAUUUGUUGUAAAUAUAUUGUUCUUGUAAAUAUAUUAAAAAAUUUGUUUCUGGG